AUGGCAUGGGAAAACUACAUACAGCCCAGCCAAAGAAAUUCCUGGCAAGAUGGCUGCUCUCCCAAAGGGGAUGGCAAAGGCAAGGGCAAGCGAAGGACUUCGCUCCCCGAGAAGGACCGCCGAGGCCUCGAUUUGCCGCAGCGUGUUGCGACACAUUAUACUCAGAAUAUUUUCUUUAUAGAAGACAGCACGUGCAAUGGCAGCUUCCUGCGUGCAAAACACGGGAUCGAAAUCGUGGAUUGGGAGACGGAGCAAGAAUAUCUAGAAGACAUGCCGACGCCCGUACCCAAGCUUGAGUAUGCGCCGUUUGGAGAUGCAGUCAAAGAGCAGCUCAAACGAAGAGGCUACCGGGAGCCCACGCCAAUCCAGAUGCAGGGGUGGCCUCUGCUGAUGCAAGGCUGGGAUUUGGUGGGAAUUGCCCCAACGGGCAGUGGCAAGACGCUGUGCUACUUGCUCCCUCUCCUGGAACAUGUAGAGGUGCAGCCAGCCCUUCGGACUCACGAUGGUUGUAUUGCCCUGGUCCUGCUUCCUUUGAGAGAGCUCUGCCAACAAAUUGCGCAAGAGGCAGAGGCAUGGUGUAAAUAUGGUGGAUUUUCAAGACGAGUGGUGAGUUGCAGCACAGGUGACAGAGGGCCUGAGCUGGGGAGAUGUGACAUCCUGUGUGCCUCCUCGGGCAAAUUGGGGGACCUUCUCUCUUCGGAACAGUUCGACAUCGAUCGCACAACAUACGUUGUGGUUGAUGAAGCAGACGACAUGCUCUUGCGCCCAGACCACGAGAACGCCUCUGAUAUGAUCAGCCCUUUACAGAUUCUCAUGAAGAGCACACGCAAAGACAAGCAAACGCUGCUCUUCACUGCGACAUGGAGGGAUGGAUUGAAGGACAUCAAGCUUGACCGCGGCCUCCGCAUCGCUGUGGGCGGAACAGAUUUGAAAGCUUGCGAACGUGUGACGCAGCGAUUCUGGUGCCCUGGACGUGCUGACCCUGCAGACCCCUGGCAGUGGAGGCAAGGCGAAACGAAAGACCAGGCUCUUGUGAAAGCUAUUCGAUCCAUCUGCUGCUCUAGAGAUGGUACACCAGUGCCUGAUGAGAUCAAAGCCGGCGCGAAAGUCAUUGUGUUCGUAAAUGCCGACCGUGACCCAAAGGGAAAGGUGGGGCGAGUGGUUCAGCUUCUUGAGGAGGCCGGGGUCCUCGAGCCCGGAGAUAUCGAAGGUUUCGGUCGAACCCGAAGCCUGUGGUAUUCCGACGUCAUCUACAACAAAUUCAGGGAUGGCUCCUGUCCACAGCCCCGUGUUCUGGUGACAACUGAUGUCCUCUCCCGAGGUUUCGACUUCUUUAACUGCGCUUGGGUUGUGAACUAUGAUUAUCCCUCGGGGGGAAGGAAUGCUUUACUCAAGUACGUCCAUCGGAUCGGACGAACCGGGAGGGGCGACCGCACUGGUACUGCCCUGACACUUCUUGAGGAGCUGGAGCUACGUUUCUCGCGCGAGCUUCUACCCAUAGCUACAGCGAACGGCCACCGGGUGAGUGACUACAUUUGGUUGGAGAGAGAGUGUCGGAACGUCAAAAGAUACCAGGACGCCUACAAUCAGCAGAAUAGAGAGCAGGCGCAGGCGAGGACUCCACGGGAGGCCGAAACGCCGCGCGCGUCUUUUUUCCAGCCUCUCCCGAACCCUUGGGACGUGGACCUCCCGUGGCCAGAUUGGGGGAACAAGGAGCGCUACGAGCAUCCACCUUUGUGA